AUGAUUAAGAAAUUUCGCAGUUCUGCAUUUGACCUCUAUAUAGAUUCUCUUUAUGUUGUUAUGUCCUCAUUUUCUGAGGUAAUAUUAAAGCCUGAGGGAGCCUUGUUUGACCCCGUAUCUAACAUUAUAUUCAUCACCCCAUCUAACGCUUUUCCUUUAAUUUGCAUACCAGUAGCGCUGCAGCUCGACGAUAUAUCCCGGAACGAUGCACAAGAACAACCGUGUGACGUCAGCAGCGUCACAGAACCAACCGAUAGAUCUUAUAUAAAGCGACACAGACCUCUACCGUCAGUUGCCAUUGGAUUAGCGUCAGAGUAUUGUGCACAAGAAACCCUCUUCUCUUUCAGUAUGAAGGUGACAUUGAUCAUGAUCCUGAUGGCCGUCGUUGGCCUCUCCUCUGCCUACUCCCUCGGCGAUGUCUACGAGAAGCCCCAGCUUGUUGAGAGGGUCAUGAGCGGGAUGAGUGUGAGCAAUUUCUUGGAGAGCAAAGAGAAAAGUGACAUCAGCGGGGGGAGCGGAAGCAUGUCCGUGGAGAGUGUAGAGAAAAGAGACAUCAGCGGGGGGAGCGGAAGCAUGUCCGUGGAAAGAAUAGAGAAAAGAGACAUCAGCGGGGGGAGCGGAAGCAUGUCCGUAGAAAGAAUAGAGAAAAGAGACAUCAGCGGGGGGAGCGGAAGCAUGUCCGUGGAAAGAAUAGAGAAAAGAGACAUCAGCGGGGGGAGCGGAAGCAUGUCCGUAGAAAGAAUAGAGAAAAGAGACAUCAGCGGGGGGAGCGGAAGCAUGUCCGUAGAAAGAAUAGAGAAAAGAGACAUCAGCGGGGGGAGCGGAAGCAUGUCCGUGGAAAGAAUAGAGAAAAGAGACAUCAGCGGGGGGAGCGGAAGCAUGUCCGUAGAAAGAAUAGAGAAAAGAGACAUCAGUGGAGGAAGCAGUUCCUUGGAAAGCAGGGAGAGACGUGAUGCCUUCGCUGUCUCUCACGACCUCGAUCUGAGGCGCCUCAGGAGAAGCGCCAGCUCCGACAGUGGCAGCUACAGCAUUGAGGGUUAAGGAUUCCUCUGAGGAAGGGACGACUACCGCUCUUUCAACAAGGAUUCUCAUGUGACGCCGCUGACCUUCGCCAAACGACCUGACCACCAUUUGGUUCUACUGAUCAAUCAGGAUAUUUCGAAGAACAUUCAAAAUUCUUUACAAUAGCUUCAGUUAGAUACAAUCGGCUAAACAAUAUUUUUGGAUUUUCAUGCAGAGAAUAUAGUUUGAUUUUAGUAA